GAGUAAGGGGUUCUCUGAGGGGGCCACUGGUCCUUUGGUCAGGUAUAAAAGGAAAGCGUUAAAGGAGGUAGGACAGCAGCACAGGAGCAAGAGCAAGAACACAUCUGCAGCCAACAUGAGCAACACUGACCUGAGCAUGAGGGGCAGGAUCAUCUUCUACGAGGACAGGAACUUCAUGGGUCGCUCCUAUGAGUGCAUGAGCGACUGUGCCGACAUGUCCUCCUACCUGAACAAGUGUCAUUCCUGCAGGGUGGAGAGCGGCUGCUUCAUGGUCUAUGACCGGCCCAACUACAUGGGAAACCAGUAUUUCAUGAAGAGGGGCGAGUAUGCUGACUACAUGAGCAUGUGGGGAUGGAGUGGGUGCAUCAGGUCCUGCCGUAUGAUCCCCAUGCACAGAGGCUCCUACAGGAUGAAGAGCUACGAGAGGGAGAACUUCGGAGGUCAGAUGUACGAGCUGAUGGACGACUGCGACUCCAUCAUGGACCGCUACCGUAUGUCCGACUGCAUGUCCUGCCACGUGAUGGACGGCCACGGGCUGAUGUACGAGCAGCCGCACUACAGAGGCAGGAUGAUGUACCUGAGGCCCGGAGAGUACAGGAACUUCAUGAACAUGGGCAUGAGUGGGAUGAGGUGGAUGAGCAUGAGGCGCAUCAUGGAUUCCUGGUACUAAAUGUUCACUGAAUGUAUUAAAUGCCAUUAAAUAAAAUCA